CCGCAGAACUUCUGAAUUCAUUUUUACAAAGGACAGUUUAUCCACCUGGGAGUUACAUUGAUGCUUAAUCUUAAUCAUUGUUCUUUAUGUGAACUUGUUUGACUAGGUACACAGAUGAAGAAACUAGCAAGAGAAGAAAGUCUUUAGGAACUUGUAGUCUUAAACUUGCAAUUUAUCUCUGUGGCUAUAAAACUGUUGGAACUUGUGGGCUUAAAGACUUACGCAUGCUGUGACAUUUGUGUGGCUACAAAAUUAUGUCAUUAAGGAUAAAAUAAGAAGUUUAAAGUAAAAUUAUUUUCAAAUAUAGAAAAAGGAUCAUUCUUUUUGGAAUGGACUAAAAAAGAAAUAGUAUGACGUAAAAUGAAACAGAGGUAGUAUAUCAUUGACCUUUUCCGAUAACUUUUGCAAUUCUUAGGAUCACUGUUGAUCAUAUGAUCAGAAACAGUUUAGAUGAGUCUUCAGCAUGCUUGUCUUUAAUGAAUUUUGCAUCCACUAUUUUUUAAAGUGCCAGGUUUCCGCUCUAGAGUUCGAGUAAUUUCUUUAUCCGACGGCUUUUUUACUGAUUUGCCAUGAUGAUACACUCCAUUUCCCAAAAGAGACCAUCUUUUCUGGUUUUUUGGAUAUGGUUGCUUCACUUUGUAUAGUUUUAAGAUUUGGUACAUGGAGAAAUUGAUGAAGGUCUAUUCUAACUUGUGAUUUCAAGCAUAACGUUAUUUGAAUUCUGUAAUGCUCAAUUUUUUAUUGUGGAGGUUGCUUUACUUGCAUUUGCAUUGUGUUAGCCAGUGAGGCUUAAUCAGUUGCAGCAGAUUCUUUACUUCAAUUCAUCGUUGCGCAACCAUUUUCAGCUGUUUUCAUGGUGCGACAGUUCUGUAUGCCCUGUACAGUAUCGUGCUUGACAUUGCUCAGUUUCUAAAUUAGAGAUGUUAAACGUAACUUUGAACUACUAUGCUCGUAGCAUUAUUGUAUACUCCUGACAUCGAGAUUGAAUGGUUUAUUACUUGCGAUAACAUGCUUUAGACAUUGUUUUUUGGGAUUUCCUUUCUGAAAUUAUGUUGUAUCCGCAGGUAGAAGAGAUAGGAUGGGAACACCUUGUCAGAUUGGGGGAAGAUCUGAGACUUCUCAGCUUUCACGUGAUGGACAAGAAGGGAAGAGUGCACAUUGUUCAGAUAACUUUGGAUGGAACAUAUCCUAAUCAGCCACCUUCAAUAUCAGCGGACGUGCCUUAUCUCUUCAAUGUGGAAUGGUCAAUAAACUCAAGACUAAAAAAUGUUAUCCAACAGUUUCAGCAGCAUAUGGAUAAGCUUCAGGAGUUUUGGAAUAUAAUGGAUGACAUUGACCACUCUCUUUUGGUUUCUGACCUAAGAUAUCCUCAACGUGCUUCGUCACAUCGCCAACUUAAUAUAAGCAAUGACUGCCAUAUCAUGUUGUGUAUAGAUGCUAAUGAUCCAACAUCCCUACCAGACUGUCGCUUUCUUGGUUCAGAUUCAGAGGUGGAGAGAUUGAGAGCGAUGUGGAGGAGAAACUGCAAAAGAUGGAUGAAAGACAAGCCAUUUUCUGAGAAUCUUGCAAACGUAUUGGAUAUUCAACUUCAUGGACCUUCAAUCGUUCAAAAGACCGAUCCACAAACUGAAUGUGGCAUUUGUUAUGCACAAUAUCUUCCAAUUGAUGAUGAACUUGGUGCUAAGAGUGGAAGUGGCACUGAUUGUACAUGUGAAAAUAACAGCUGCAGUAGGGCCUUCCACAGUGUUUGCCUCGGAGAUUGGUUGCGUUCCAUCACAACAACAAGACAGUCAUUUGAUGUUCUAUUCGGGAAUUGUCCAUACUGUUCUGAUCCAAUUGCUGUCAAAAUCAAUACUAGGAAGUAAAAUAUGAUGUGGAACAACCAAGUAAGUGAAACAACAACAACAAACCCAAUGUAAUCCCCACAAAGUGGGGUCUGGAGAGGGUAGUGUGUACGCAGACCUUACCCUUACCUUGUGAAGGUAGAGAGAUUGUCUCCGAUAAACCAUCGGCUCAAGGAAAGAUGAAAAAGAAGCAGAAACUAGUAAGUGAAACAAGGUAAACCAAUUUUUUUUGGUUCAUGAAGUUUGGCCUGCUAUUAUAUCACGAUCAUCCUCAUAAUAUGGAGAUUUUUGCACUAGUUGAGCAUAUAUCAAGACACAUUUAGUCAAAACUAUUAUUUUUGGGCCAGUUAGCGCUCACGGUUUGAUACUUGGUGGAUAAUAGGUCAGUUCCAGUUUAAUCGAAAGUGAUAUUGUGAUUAAAAGCUAAUGAAUUGUAGCCUAGGAGUUCCCUAAGUUUUACAUGAAUGAAGUCAGAAUGGCUCAUAGAUUCAUAUAUUCUUGAUAUCAUCACCAGCCUACUAAAGUAAAUUGGGAGGUGAAUAAUCCUGGGCUAAGUAGAGCCUUGUGUUUUAACUUUUCUUCAAUUUUCUCAAAUUUACUUCAUUAAUCACGAGGCAAAAACUGUAUGAUGGGGGUUUGAUUAGUCAUAACAACUUCUUCUUUCUCCUCUCUGCUAAACUCACACUUGACUAUAUUUCCUUUCCUUUUCAUUUCUAUGACUACAACUUCCCCUGAUUCCUCAGUUACACUAAGCUAAUACUCAAGAAGGGGAAGGGUCAAGCUGAUGAGUAUAGAUAGAACAUAAAUUAGGU